UCAGCGCUUCAAAUAACAUGGGACUUUCCGCGGCUGAUGUUUCUGCACAGCUGGUUUGGAUUUUCCUCGAAGUCUGUCACUGACUUGCAGCGCCGCUCGGGCUCGUCUCUCGCCGUGGAAGUGGCUUUGAUUUCACCUCAGUGGGCAUGUGACAGCUGGAAAGGUGCGCCCGGCGAGAGGCAGUGAGGUCCUCAAUGGCAGUGACUGAGCGUCUGUGGCUACUUUGUGGUUUCUGUCAGGUGGUUCUGCUGACCUGUAGAAAGCCUUCACAUCCUGUUGAGGUUGAUGUUGCGUUUGAGCCCUUCCCUUUAAUCAAAGACCCAGACAGCUUCAGCAUCACCUGCAAACCUGCAGGUUCUCACAUGAUGUACACAGAGCGUGUUGAUCAUUCGGCAUGCUCCCCACACUGCAGGAUCUCACUGCGUAUGUCAGACGACCAAAGGGCGUUUGACGCCACGCUGAUAGCCUACAGGAACAAUACUUUGCUUGAGGCGAAGUCCUUUCAUUUUAUUCCAAUGUCCCUGACGUCCUUUCAGGUGUUCAGCACGACCACUACCACAGCACAUCUGACAUGGAAACUACGCGGGCAGCAAAGCAUUUCCACGGUGACUCUUUAUAAUGUGGAAACACAAUCUAUUUUAAACAAAUUUGAAGUAAACUCCUCAGAAACUGAGUAUACGCUUAAAAGUCUUCAACCUGGGACACAGUUCAGAGUUGAAGUCACAGCAUCUUUAUCCACCAGGCAGCCUGACAUCACUGUCAACCAGAAACUUAGCUUUUAUCUGGAAACAGCUCAGUGUCCACGAGGAUGGCUGGCCAGCGGUAGAAGCUGCUAUAGUGUGAGAACAUCAGCUUUGAGUUGGAGCGGCUCUCAGAGCAGCUGCAGAGAUCUGGCACCUGGAGGUCACCUGGCGGACAUGAAGUCUUUGGAAGAUCUGCUGUUCGUGUCUUCACACGUCCUGACCGACAACCUGGUGCUGAUGUGGACAGGACUCAAUGACCAGCAGGAGGAGGGCCGCCCUCUCUGGUCUGAUGGCUCAUUUUAUACUCAAGCAGAAACACUCAGGAGUUUUCUGCCACCCAAUCAAACGGACUGUUUCGCCUUACAGAAAAAUGCUACAGGACCAGGAUUUUUCCUCACUUCGUUCUUCUGUGACAUCCCCUUACCUUACAUCUGCCAAUACCAGACCCCUGCAGCACCUGCCUCCUUCUCAUUUGAGCUGGUUCAGGUGACAGAGCGACACGCAGAGCUUCGCUGGAGUGAUCUCUCCUCACUUUCGCCUCACCUCAAUCUCUCACUUUUUGAGAUAUUCCUCGUGCACCAGGAGAGGGAAAAUGGCAAAUCAGGUCAAGAGGAUGAACACGGCUGUCGGAAGCCAGAAGAAAAAAGAGGAGCAGAGAGUUUUCUAAAUAUCGUCAGGACCUACGUUUCCCAGAAUUCUACGGGGACGUCUGUGUCAGGUUUGUCUCCAGGAAGCAUCUACUCCUUUAGCCUUCAAGCCUCACACCCUUCAGGCCUGAGCUGGACUUUAGGACGAACACAAACAGCAUACACAAGACCUCCAACUCCUCAAAACAUCUCUGCUGGUUGUAUUACUGCCAAUCAAGUUUGUAUCAGUUGGAUUCUGCCGGUGCUGUGUCGGCCUUCAUGGGUUCCCGUCGUGCUCUACAGUGAUGUCUCUGCAGGACAGAAGGAGAUAUUUCAAAACAGGACGCAGGAUUCUGUGACAGACACGCUGCAGCUGUUCACGGCUCAGAUUGGAGGACUUGAGUCCUACAGGAAAUACAGUUUUGAAGUUUUCACCCUCACACAGCAGGGGAUUUGGAGUUGUGGAGAGAUGCCUCUGACGAUACAGACCGCUGUGAAACCUCCAGCUGAUCUGGUUGUGUUUAGCAAAGGAGAACAUUUAUCAGCCUGUUGGACCAAUCCACUUGAAGAUCCACCGGACGGCUACUACAUCACGUCCCACCCUGUGGAUAAUCCCACUGCCUCGUCUCUGUGGGUUAACCUGUCUUAUUCUGGAGAUGAUAAGAACAUGUGUGUUCAGUUGGGCACAUUUAAACCUGGUCAAACGUAUGAAGUGGGAGUCACAGCUGUGAGAGGAAAGGACAGAAGUGACAAGACUAGUAUCAAACAUACUGCAGCUCCAUUGCCUGUAAAGGUAGCAGUUCCAUUUCUGGUGGGCACAAACAAUACACAACUGUACAUUCAACCUCCAAACAUGGGUCUGAUAGACAGAGUGAAAGUGUGCGCAUGUCCUGGAGUUUGUGACAGAGACUGUGAGGAUACGUGUGGAUAUGAGUGCGAGUGGUACUCCCUACCUGCUGAUAUUAAUAUUGUAACUAUAAGCAACCUUAAUCCAGGAUCUCAGUACCAGCUUGUCAUAUACAGCAUCAGUGGACAGCGGACUGGACCGCCAUAUUACACCCAACCCAUCAAAACAGGUCUGGCUCCUCCCAGAGGACUCAGGGAGGGAGAGGUGACGGAGUCGUCAAUACAGCUACUUUGGGAUCCCCUUCAAGAACAGUCGAGCAGCUACGAGGUCAUCUGUCUGAACUGUGACCCCUCACUUAAGGUACAGAAGGUCUUCAGUCAGAGUGCGGUGUUUUCCAGUCUAACUCCUGGUUCCCUCUAUCAAUUUGUUCUUCGAACGGAGAAGGAGACUUUCACUGAUAGUUCACCUGUCGCAAUCAACAUCACUUCAGCUCCUGACUCAGUGGAGGUGUUUCUUGUCAAUAAGACCACAUCAUCCAUAUGCAUCAGCUGGAGCACACCCAGGGGAUUGGUUAGUGCUUUCAUCUUGUCAAUCAAGAACAGAACAUCCAUUCAGGAGCUGAUCAUCUCUAAUGAGAAGCGCAGAUCGUACAGCUUCCAAGGCCUUGACCCUGGAACCCUCUACACUAUUGAAGUGAUUACUAUAAGCGGUAAAAGAAGAAGUAAACCUGCAAACAUAAUCCUCUAUACCAUCCCAGAGAUGCCACAAGAUGUGACUCUUUCAGAGCACGCAGUGAUUUCUGUAUUUGUCACCUGGAAACCACCAAAAGGACAUGUAGACCACUACAAGUUUCUUUUUGGCCUGAUCUCUUUGGAGCAGACGUCUUGGACUGAGGUGCUUGUCCAAGUCACAAGCUAUGAGAUCAGGGACUUGAUCCCGGGGUCAGACUAUGGUAUCAGCAUCCAGAGUGUUCUGGGCACAGACAUCAGUGAGGCGGCAAAAAGAGAGUUCAACACGCGUCCAGCAGGAUUAUGUGCCCUUCAUUUAGAUUAUGUAAACUCCUCAUCUGUGUUUGUGAGCUGGAGCAGUGCACCGGGAGAGUUUGACUUCCAUAGAGUCACUGUGAGUAACUCCUCGUUCAGAAAAACCCUCAUAGUGCCUAAAGAGGAGCAGGUUGCUUCGGUUUCAGGUCUUCUGGAUGGCUGCAGCUACAACGUGAGUGCUGAGAGAGCCAAAGGAUUGAUGGCAGGAAAUGCAGCCUUUCUAACUGUAACUACAGUACCGGCCCGUGUGCGAGGGGUUCGCGUGGUGAAUGUAUCUGCACGUUCCUUCUCAUUGCGUUGGCAACAAGCAGUUGGAUGUGUGGAUCAUUACCAAGUGAGCGUGCAACCAAACCAGGGAAAAGUCCUAUUUCACCCCACACAUGAUGGAUACGUACAGGUCGACGUUGUGAACGUCAGUCCUGGGACUGAGUACACAGCAACAGUCACGGCAGCUUCCUCGUCCAAUGCGAGCCCUGGAGUCAGCCGCAUGAUUGUUACCAACGAGAGCGUUCCAGGUGCCCCUUUAAAUUUAGAGGGAGAUACUGUUGGUUCGAAUGGUAUUUUGCUCUCCUGGUCCAUGCCUUCAAAUGCAAAAAACAUUGAUGGAUAUGUCAUCAGGUACAAGGAGGUGUGCCCCUACCCCGAUCCUUCGUUUACACAGGUGCACAAGUAUUUAGAUAUUCUCGAGACUCUGCUCACCGACUUCACCUCAGGUUCUACGUAUCUUAUUCAGGUUGCUGCAAUAUCACCCGCUGGAACCGGAGUAUUCAGCAAACCUUUAUACAUAAAGACCGCAGAGUCACCUCCUGGCCUGGUGACCAACCUGACGGCUUACGCCUAUAACCACACCUUUGUUGUGGUGACGUGGUACCUGCCGCACCGCAUCAACGGUCUCAUCACCAAAUUUGGCGUCAAGGCAAAGCAUGCUCGCACGGGGAAGACUGUACGGAUGCUGGAGGUCAAUGCGGAGGACAUCAUGAAUGGAGCGCUGCCUCACUGCAAUGAUGCGGCUGAUAUCCUUUCCCAAGCAACUACCAGCCCUCUGGAGAUGACAGCCUCCGCUCCCUCCAUCACCCUCUCCGCUGUGCCCCCCUCAGCUGCUUGGAGUGUACCCAUAUCAGUGGGGGUGGAUCAGCUGCAGUCCUUUACAGCCUAUCUGUUCGAGGUGUCCGGCUUUACCUCAGACGGAGAGGGACAGGUAGCCUCCACUAUGGUCCGCAUGCCAGAAUCAGCUCCAACGGAUCCACCUCAAAGCUUGACAACAAACGUCACAUCUAGAAGGAUCGCCGUUGUUUGGAGCUCUCCCAUCACCAUCACCGGAAAGUACAGCUACGUGCUCGGCCUAUACGGGCCAACAGCUUUCUUAUAUGAGAAUAGCACAUCGGAGACACGCUUUCUUUUUACUGGUUUGACUCCCUACACAAAGUAUAGAGUUGUUGUCUCGGCCAAAGCUGCAGGAGAACUGGGUCCAGAGGCAGAGGAUGUGGUGAUUACACCUCCUGAAGCGCCCAGUGCAGUCCAAAAUCUAAAGGCAGAAGCCGAGGAUUCAAUAUCAAUCCGCGUGAGUUGGAAAAGCCCGGCCGAGCCCAACGGUCCCAUAACCCAGUACAGACUGCAGGUUCUGGUCGAUGAGAUUCUACUGCAGGACAUCACCCUGACUGCAGAGAACUCAACGGAUUUUUAUGAGGACGUGGCGUUUCGUCCUCAAGUCCACGGCAGUCUGGGGCGGCGUAAGAGAGCCGCCGAGCUCGAUCCGAUCACAUCUCCUCCGGCCUUCACCGCCACCAUCUCUGACCGCACUUCCAUGACUGCUUCCAGCUUUACUAAGACUGACACUAAGCCAACCACUGACAAGUCCAGCAGCACUCUGUCCACUAAUCCAUUUUCUGUAACCCCCAUGCAUUCUUAUACCCUGCCCCCCUGGCUGACACAGCAACCGCAUUCAAAUGAGUUGACAUCCGACUCUUUCACUGGAGCUGUGACUCCAGGCAAACUGCGCUUGUCCACCCAUGAUGCUUCAGUCACUGCACAUUUUUCAACACGUAGUGCAGCAGUUUCAGGAACAACAGGUGUCACGGUCAAACAGGAGGUGGUGAACGUUUUUUCUGAGGAACUGUCUUACGUGGUGUCGGAUCUCAGUCCCUUCACCGAGUACACAUUCAAAGUAACGGCUUCCACCACAGUGGGAGAGGGUCCAGCUUUAAAUAUCACAGAGAAGACCAGGGAGCAAGUCCCCAGUUCAGUGCUCGAAGUGUCCUAUGAAAACAUCAGCUCCACCUCCAUUCUUGUGAGAUGGGACCCUCCUCUUAACCCCAACGGACAGAUCACACAUUACACCAUCUAUGGUCUUAACCUACAAAGCAACCAAGAUGUGAUGUGGAUCAGCAACACCACAUCCAAACUGAUAUCAGAUCUGGACAAAUACUCAGCGUACAAACUAAGAGUGGCUGCAUCCACAGUUGUGGGGGAAAGCGACCUGUCAGAAGAGGACUACAUUUAUGUUUUCACCCUGGAAGAUGAACCAGAUUCCCCACCUGAAAAUCUGACAGUGGAAGACACCAGCCCCUCUACCGUCACCCUUACAUGGUCCAAACCAGAAAGAGCCAACGGGGUUAUCCAGUACUACGAGGUUCUGUACGACAACGCAACCUUUGCGGCAGCAAUGAACACAACUUCCAACAGAGUGACUCUCACCAGCCUGAAGCCGUUCUCAUCCUACAACGUGUCUGUGAGGGCCUACACACGCUACGGCUACGGCAACCAAACCUCAAACACUUUAUACCUGCUGUCUGGAGAAGACGUUCCAGGAAGUCCUCCGUACGGCCUCUCCUAUGAGUCUGUCACCCCCAGCGAGGUGAAUGUGACCUGGCAGCCUCCUCUGCUGCCUAACGGUAUCAUCACUCACUACAGCCUGGAGCUUCGCAACUCCACUCACUACGUGAAUCUCACCUCACCGACCAACUUCAUCCACAUCGCGCACCUGAGGAAGUACACAAAAUACCAAGUGGUGGUUCAAGCGCACACGCGUGCCGGGCCGGGAAACUACAGCAGCGAGCCGCUCAACAUCACGACACUUGAGGAUGUGCCAAACGGCCCGGUCUCCAACUUGACGUAUCAGAUCUUUAGCUCCACCGCUGUCAUCGUGAGCUGGGAUCCUCCCACCGAGCCGAACGGUCGCCCUUACUACCUGCUCACCUUGCAGGAGGCCGGCAUCUUCCCGAACAUGACCAUUCCAGGGACUCCUGGCAUCAACAAAACCAUCCGACAAACCACAACCGACAAUGUCUAUCUGUUCACCAAACUCAGGAAGUAUUUCCCCUAUGUGCUGACGGUUACCCCGGCAACGGGGGCUGGCCCUGCCUACACCCACACCAGCACCAUGCACCUAAGAACAGACGACGACAUUCCUAGUUCUCCUCCCUUGCUGUUGUCCACACAAAACCUGACCUCGUCCUCCAUCCGAGUAGUCUGGCAACGCCCUCUGGAGGCCAACGGAGAGAUAACAGACUACACCCUCACCCUGUCCGGCCCAGGAGGCCCGAACACCACACAGACCCUCAACACGUCAGCCGUUUUCACCAACCUGAUUCCAUACACGGCGUACAACCUCACCAUCAUAUCUGCCACCCGUAAAGGAGUAGGGCCUCCACUGCUGCUGCAGCUGCACACGGAUGAAGGCGGCCCCAUGUCGCCGCCCCAGAACCUGACUAUAUUUAACCACACUGCAGUUUCUGUGUGGCUGAGCUGGGAGCCUCCUCUGGAGCCCAAUGGAGUGGUGAUAAAGUACGGGUUCAGGAUCCGAGACCUAGUCACACACACUGUCACACAUCAGAAUACCUCUGGUUCAUCGACCGUGGAGUAUCUGUCCGGCUUUAGACCGUACAGCUCCUAUGAGAUCAGUGUGUGCAGCUACACCAGAGUGGGCCAUGGUAAUCAGUUCAGUCUCCCUGUGACCUUCACAACAAAUGAGUCAGUUUCUGACGUUGUUGGGAACCUGUCCUGCUCGGGAUUGACAUGGGAUACCAUUCAACUUUCCUGGGAAAUUCCAGAAAACCCCAACGGACAGCUCCUUUUUUACAACAUUAUAGUGCAGGGAGGCAUGGAGACCUACACUCUCCAGUCCACCUCCCCAGAGUACACGCUGACCGGACUAUCCCCAAAUCAGGAGUACGCGCUUUCUGUUGCUGCAGUCAAUUCUGCAGGACCAGGAGACCAAGAAAACUGCUCUGCUUCAACACUUUCUGAAUCAGUUCCAGCUGCUCCUCGCUUCCUCGCCAUGUCUCAGGCCACCCCAAGCAAUGUGACACUCCAGUGGGCGCCGCCGCUCCAUGUUCCCGGCCAGCUGAAGGAAUAUCUCAUCAAUGCCCAGCUGCUUUCUACUGUUUGUGGGGCAAACAUGGCAACCUCAGCACAGCCGUCCUCAGAGGUCGUUUUAGCCCCAGACUGCAUAGUUGAUAAUUUCACAGUCUCCGUGAAUGCCUCGGAUAACGCUGCAGAGAACCGCAUCACUCUGCAGUCCCUGGCCAAAUACAGAUGGUAUCGCUUCAGAGUGGCUGCUGUGACCAACGCUGGGAUUGGAGAGUACACACACUGGAUUUAUGAGCUCACCCUAGCUGGAGACCCCGAUGCUCCUCCUCGUAACCUAGCAGUGACAGCCACCUCCUCCAGCCUUCACAUCACGUGGGAGGACCCAGCUGUUCUCUCUGGACCAACUUCUUAUCUUUUGCAGGUGGACGGUCCUGGUGUGAACAUCUCAAUCGUUCGAUCUCAAGAGGAGGUGAAGACAGUCGUUGUAGCUAACCUGACCGCCUUCACUCGCUACACUGUGACUCUCACGGCCUUCACUGGUCCACUGGAGUACGCGAACAGAGAUGGAAAAGCUAUCGGGCCUGUUACCCAUCAAACACUGGAGGCGGAGCCCAAUGACCCCCCCAAGAAUGUGAACGUCACCUCUAUGCCGGAGGAAGUGAAGGUUGUGACGCUGAGCUUCAGUCCUCCGGAGGAGCCCAACGGAGUAAUAACUGACUACGUCGCUUUGGUGUACGAAAAAGAGAAGCUGGUCAAAAACAUCAGUCUUAGCAUCAUCCAGAAGGAAAAUAACACACUGACUGCAGACGUUGAAGGUUUAAAAGGAGGACACAAUUACACCAUACAGAUUUCGGCUAAGAACGGCGCAGGCUGGAGCCCGCUCAGUCAACAUGUCCAGAUAACUACAGGAAUCAAAGCCCCUUCCAAGCCAACCCAAACACCCCAGGCAAUGCUGGGCAAUGGAGGGGUUGCCAUGGUAACCCACAAGACUAUCACCGUACGCAAGCCUGCUUGUUUCUAUAGUGACGACAACGGACCAAUUGCAAAAAUUCAGGUCAUCGUGGCCGAGUCAGGGGUGAGAGACCUGGGGAACGUAACCAACUGGAGGAGUGCUUUUCACCACCGUCCUGCCCCUUACCUGACAGAUGAGGGCUUUCUCAACCCUCCAUGUUCACUGCUCACGAAGACGACCUCACCGGACGUCAGAGGGGGUCAACAGGAGUCAAGGGGCGGCUUGAGGUUCAACCAAACCACAGCGGAGGGCUACGUGAUCGGAGGAAACGACGCCUGUUUGGAACUCAACAACACCGACCAUUUCUGCAACGGGCCUCUGAAGCCCAACACUGUCUAUGUGUUUAAGUUCAGAGCUACCAACAUCAGAGGCCAGUACACCGACUCAGAUUACUCGGAGCACAUCAGAACAGCGUCUGCAGACGGGCUGCUGACCAGAGAGGAGCAGAUCAUCUUGGGGGUUCUGCUCUCCUUCUUUUUGGCCGUGUUUCUCAUCAUCAUCGUCUGUUGCUCAGUCAAGCUCCACCAGCAUAAGAAGGAGGGUGGGACUUAUUCCCCCAGAGAGGCAGAGAUCAUAGAGACAAAGUGUAAGCUCGAUCAGCUCAUCGCUGUGGCAGAUAUGGAGCUGAAGCAGGAAAAGCUCAACCGGUAUUCCUCUUUCUUCUUUAAGCGGAAAGAGAUUUAUGUCAUCCAGCUGCUCAGCUACAGAAAGUCACUGAAGCCUGUCAACAAGAAGUCUUUCCUGCAGCAUGUGGAGGACCUGUGUGCCAACGACAACUCCAAGUUCCAGGAGGAGUUUGCAGAGCUCCCAAAGCUGCUGCAGGAUUUGGCAACCACAGACGCUGACCUGCCCUGGAACAAAUCCAAGAAUCGCUUUCCCAAUAUCAAACCCUACAAUAAUAAUCGAGUGAAACUGCUGUCAGAACCGGGCACUGCGGGCUCCGACUUCAUCAACGCCAGCUUUGUUUCAGGUUAUUUGUGUCCAAACGAGUUCAUCGCCACGCAGGGUCCUCUCCCCGGAACCGUGGCCGACUUUUGGAGAAUGAUCUGGGAAACGGGAACCCGCAGCAUCGCCAUGCUCACACAGUGCUACGAAAAAGGCAGAAUUCGAUGUCACAAGUACUGGCCAGAGGACAACAAGCCCAUGACGGUGUUCAGCGACAUUCUCAUCUCCAAAGUGUCAGAAGAAGCGUUUCCUGACUGGACUGUCAGGACCUUAAAAGUGGAAAAGCACGGCCACUACAUUUUAGUAAAGCAUUUCAACUACACGUCGUGGCCUGAACACGGAGUCCCAGAGUCCUGCAGCACCUUCAUCAAGUUUGUUAAAGCCAUCCGAGCACAUCGUCAUGACAGCUCCACCAUAGCGGUUCACUGUAGUGCGGGUGUGGGGAGAACUGGAGUUUUUAUUGCUCUGGACCACCUCAUUCAGCACAUCAGAGAUCACGACUUUGUAGAUAUUUAUGGGCUGGUGGCGGAGCUGCGCAGUGAGAGGAUGUGCAUGGUGCAGAAUCUGGCGCAGUACAUUUUCCUACACCAAUGUACACUAGAACUUCUGAACAACAAAGGCAACAGCCAGUCCAUCUGGUUCGUGAGUUACUCUGCUCUGGAGAAGAUGGACUCCCUGGAUAACAUGGAAGGUGAUGUUGAACUAGAAUGGGAGGAGACGACAAUGUGAAAACCUGACAUCCGUGAGUACAUUGCACUGGACCAGUUCCUGGAAGGGAAAAGCUUCAAGAAGCAGAGGAUGUGUGAAACUACGAGUGGUGAACAAAACUUUGGUGCUGCACUUCAGUGCUGCAAUUCAAGCCAGUUUUCUCUUCCUGCUGCGAAAGACAAGUUUUUAAAAAGAUGGACAAGGAAGAAUUACCACGAGAAUUCUGUCUGCUCUAUUAUCCUGCAGGUACUUUGCACAAACUGUCUUUCUAUAUUUACUUACUUAACAUGUUGUAUGAGUUUUUUUAAGAUAAUAUAUUUGGCCAAAACUGUAAUAUUUUUUUUUCACUCUCUUUGUAACUGUUUGUUACCAGCUGUUGUUCUUUCUCAGGAGUGAUUUGCAAAAAUAAAACCAAACUUUUUUCUUUU